UGGGACAGCAGGCUCAAAAACUAUAGGAAAGCAGGAUAUAACUUCCCGAGAGGCGGGAGUGAGUAUCAGAGAGAGAUUUAAUGGGACAGGAGGCUCGAAAACUGUAGGAAAACAAGAGAUAACUUACUGAGAGGCGGGAGUGAGAAUGUCGGGGGCACAAGGAGCACAACCCCCAGGUUCAUAUACUGAAUCAGUGGAAGGAGGGUUGAACAAGACCAGGCAGGACCUUAGGUCACCCAAAGAUAUGGGUGGGAUACAGAUAGAGAAGGAGCAGGAUAAAGUGAAGGACGCUGCUGGCAAAGGUGGCCCUGUUUUUGGGGCUGGCAAAUAUUAAGAUAAGCAAGAUCUUCGUGUUACAGGCACUGGUUAUUGCACAACAAUGUAACAGUUUAUGGGUUUUCCCUUUUUUGUUUGCCCUUUCCUGUAGUUUGGUUGUCGUUACCUUAGUGAUAGAAAUGAACACAUAGAUUUUGUUUUUUUUUUUUGUUUUUUUUUUGCCCUUUCAUGUAGUUUGGUUGUGCGAGUUAGUAAUGGACGACGUAUGAUGAGUAUCGAGUAAAAAAAGGUUUUUUUUUUUUUGGGGCAGUUCAGUGGAACGUAUAUAGUUAUAUAUGCAGCUUAAUGAAUAAUGGUCUAUACUCUGUAUAUUGGUGCUUUUGAAGAUGAAUUAGACUUCAGAUUUGUGUAUGAGAGAAAUGCAGCACAGUAGCUCUCUCUGUGACAUGUUUGCGUAAAGUGUAGUUCUACCCGUUCUUCCCCAAGGAAAUG